AUGAAGUGGCAAUCUCUCCUGCCCCAACAGUGUCUUUUGCUGAUGACAUGUCUCCUAAUGGCCUUGGAAGCUGUACCUAUAGACAUAGAUAAGACAAAAGUCAAAGCAGAAGGCCAUGUAGAAGGAGAGAAGGUAGAAAAUCCAGAUACAGGACUUUAUUAUGAUGAAUAUCUCAGGCAAGUAAUAGAUGUCUUGGAAACUGAUAAGCAUUUCAGGGAGAAACUCCAGACUGCUGACAUCGAGGAAAUAAAGAGUGGAAAACUAAGCAGAGAGCUGGAUUUAGUAAGUCACCAUGUGAGAACACGGCUGGAUGAAUUAAAAAGACAAGAGGUGGCAAGAUUAAGAAUGUUAAUUAAAGCUAAAAUGGAUUCUGUUCAAGACACUGGCAUAGACCAUCAGGCUCUCCUGAAGCAGUUUGAGCACCUGAACCAUCAGAACCCUGACACCUUUGAACCUAAAGACUUAGAUAUGCUGAUCAAAGCAGCUACAAGUGACCUGGAAAACUAUGAUAAGACUCGCCAUGAGGAGUUCAAGAAAUAUGAGAUGAUGAAGGAACAUGAGAGGAGAGAGUAUUUAAAAACACUGGAUGAAGAGAAGAGGAAGCGAGAAGAAUCCAAAUUUGAGGAGAUGAAGAAAAAACAUGGAGAUCAUCCUAAAGUUCACCAUCCUGGAAGCAAAGAUCAACUGAAAGAGGUGUGGGAAGAAGCAGACGGACUAGAUCCUAAUGAAUUUGACCCCAAAACAUUUUUCAAAUUGCACGAUGUCAAUAAUGAUGGUUUCCUGGAUGAGCAGGAAUUAGAAGCCCUAUUUACUAAAGAGCUGGAAAAAGUUUAUGAUCCCAAAAAUGAAGAGGAUGACAUGGUUGAAAUGGAAGAAGAAAGGCUGAGAAUGAGAGAACAUGUAAUGAAUGAGGUUGACAUCAACAAGGACCGUCUUGUGACUAUGGAAGAGUUCCUGAGAGCUACACAGAAAAAAGAAUUUUUGGAGCCAGACAGCUGGGAGACACUAGAUCAACAGCAGCUCUUCACUGAGGACGAGCUGAAGGAAUUUGAAAAUCAUAUUUCCCAGCAGGAAGAUGAACUUAGAAAGAAGGCAGAAGAUCUUCAGAAACAGAAAGAAGAGCUACAGAGGCAGCACGACCAGCUUCAGGCUCAGAAACAGGAGCUUCAGCAGGUUGUAAAACAGAUGGAACAAAAGAAACUACAACAAGGAAAUCCUCCUGCAGGACCAGGUGGAGAACUGAAGUUCCAACCCCCUGGGGAACACAAAGUUGGAGAUGCACCGAAACAUCCAGCGGGAGAUGAUCAGCCUUUACCACCAGGACAUGUCCAAGAACCAGCUGUUAGAACUGAUCAAGUUCAUCCUUAACCACUUGUGCCUCAACUUUAUAGCAUCUUUAUUAUUUGGGGUGGGGAAAGGGUGGGAGGGGUGGGAGGGCAGGAAGUCAGACUGAAACAUGAACUCUCCAUUUUCUUCCUCACGCUGCAAAAUCAUUGGGAAUGUUAGAGAAAAUGUAUCAGUCAGGUUUGAUUUAUAAAUUAAACUAAUUUUCUCUCCAGUGCAUCAGUGAGAAACACAAGGGGAUCAGUUAGAGGCUGUAAUAGAGGAGGAAAUUGGGAAACCCAUUAAUACUAAAGAUUUUUGUGGUCAGGGGAUUGGGCUGUUGAUUUCUUCUCUUACAAAAAGAGAGGAGAUGUCUGCCGUUCUGUGUUUAGGCAUGAAUUGGAAUCUUCUCAGAGAUGAAGCAGGGAACAGGCCUGAGGGUCAAGUUAGGUCUGCUUUUAUGUAGAAACUUGUUCCAGAAAUGCUGAAAAAGCAAAAGAUGGGGAAACAAAGACCAUUGAUAAAGGCCUGUUAUUUCCAGCACUACCAAACCCUUUCUUCUUUGAGACCAAAUCAAAAUAAAACUUGUUA